AUGGGGAACAAGCAGGAGAACGAUAUCAAGCUGCAGAACAAUGUUUCCUAUCAGAUGGCAGACAUAAAUCGGUUAAAGGAACAACUAGCAGAAUUACGCCAGGAAUUCAUUCGCCAGGAAGAUCAGCUUCAUGAGUACAAGAAGAACAAUACCUACCUGACCAGGAGACUGGAGUAUGACAGUCUGCAGUGUGGGCAGCAGAUCAAGGAGAUGAGACUGCAACAUGAGGAAAACAUCAAGAAAUUGAUGGACCAAGUUGUGCGGGAGCAGAAGGCCACACAAAAAGUUCAGUCCAGUAAAGACAGUGAAACGGGUCCCAAUAGUGAUGACCAGGCAAUACCUAAGCCUGUUCCAGAGGCAGAAGAGAAGAACACAGCACAGAAUGAGCAACCUUCAGAUCAUGCUGUAAAUGGCAAAGAGAAAAUCAAACCAGGAGGAGAUGCAGGCAUGCCUGAAAUAGAAGAUAAUGACCCUGCUAAAGCUGAAGAUACUCCCACUGCUUUAAAGAAGCCACUUAUUUCAGCUCCUAAGAGUGAAGCUCAUCACCCUGUUGUCCAUCUCCCAACUGAACAGCCCCAUGCUCCAAAUCUGGCACCAGGUUUGCACAGUGACAAUGAUGGAAAUGCUGAGAUUGUGAAGCAGAUACCUCCCAAUUCUCUCCAGCACUUAACUUUUGAAGAAAAUAUGGAAAAUCAGAAAGAACACAAAAUUGAGACAGAUAGUAUAAAAAUUCCAAAGAGCAGAGUUGGUGACUUGCAGAAGAUGAAGCAAAGCCGGUUCUUUGAUGAGAAUGAAUCCCCUGUUGAUCCGCAGCAGGGCUCUAAACUGGCAGAUUAUAAUGGGGAUGAUGGUAACGUGGGUGAGUAUGAGGCAGACAAACAGGCUGAGCUGGCUUACAAUGAGGAAGAGGAUGGUGAUGGUGGAGAAGAAGACGUCCAAGAUGAUGAAGAAAGAGACCUACAAAAUGACCUUGACUAUGGCAAGCCACGCUUCAGUGAUGGGGUCCUGUAA